AUUCCGAAAGACGACGCAUUUUAUUAGCCGAACCAUAUCGUGAAGUGCUGUGUCUAGUUGUUUUAUUUUGUUAUUGAUCCACAAUCCGCUAUUCGCACAAUGAGUGACCUCAAGAAAAAGACGGGAAACAUUCUUUCGAACGUGAGUCCACCGUCCGAGCUGCCUAGCUUUAUUACGGCGAACGUGGCAACAGCUGCUACGGACAUAACGGUGACUCAAAGCAACAAACCCUCCGCGGUGGACGACGGUGCGAAGAAAGAUGAAACGGAACCAUUCAUACCGACCACAUUUAGCCCGGCAAUUCCUCCCAGCAAAGACACAUCGUUGCUACUGUCCGCGGACCAGCCGAUGGCGGUCGAUGCGGUGCACAGGGGUGGUGAACCCGAGGCGGAACCAGUGCAUCGGGACUUUGCUAGCAUGAUUCUCAACCCUGAACCCGUCGCGGCAGCAUUGAGUCCCAUUACUCAGGGUGGCUCGGCACUGUUUGGCUGGAUGAAGGGUGCCGUUUCGGGAGGCGGAAUCUUGCAGAAGGUCGCCGAAAAGGCGAAGAAUUCUGUUGACACGAUCGUUACUACGCUGGAUCCGCAAAUGAAGGAAUACAUAAAUUCCGGUGGAGACACGGAAGUGAUCGUUGCGUCCGACAAGGACGAUAAAGUUCGUCCAAUACGUGAGGCUUUUCAGACAGUGUUUGGCAAAGCAACAGUCAUUGGUCUUCCGGCUCAAGCGGCUGCCAUUGCGGCCCAACCGGUGGGCUUUACAGCGGGUCUCAAAGGAGCCGAACACCGCAUCAAUAGCAUAAGGGCAGAAAAUCCACGCGUCGACGAUCAUCUUCCCGUGGUGGCGAUCGAAAACUUUGUCGUUGAACUUUUCCCAGACCAAUGGUUCGAUGCCGGCGUGAUUCUACUGUUCGACUAUGCGAAAAGCAUCUUGCUGAAAACGGUCACGCAAAUGACCCCGAUUCCGCUGCCGGUGAUCACGGCACUCCAGGCCGACACGCCGGCAGAUUAUCCGCUUAAAGAUACGGGUUUCGCCGUGACCGUCGGGAGCAUUAUGGCUAGGAAUUUGAACACCCCGCAUACCGAGUGGCACCGGGCGUACACGUCGGUGCCCCGUUCGGAGAUGAUACUGGCGGCCGCAAAAACGAUAGCGACACUCUACAAGCAGGCAACGCUGGACUACAACCAGCUGGUGGCGGCCCAGGCGGAGGCGGCGGCCACCCGUGCCGAAGCGUCCGGCGAACCGUCCGCAGUGCCAUCCGGCGGAGGAAUGCCCGAGCCGGCGGAAUAAGAAUUAAUGUGCACCAUCAUUAAAGCUUGCCACUGUAAUCACUACUAAACGGACGAUUGAGAAGGCGAUGCGACGAACGAAUUAAGCCCAUGGUGUGGAGAGAGGGGAGGACAGGGGGACAGGUCCGUGGUGCGAUAUGGAUUACGGUGCGUACGGCGAGAGUUUCUCCCCCACCAUUCCGUUGGAAAAAAAACCUCCACCCGUUCAAAACGCAAAGGAAUGCGGGUUCGGAAGUGGAAAAUCGUUUGCGAAGGAAGAAGCAAAAAGCAGCUCUCUCAAUGACGACGGUGCGGUAGAGGGAUGCAGAUUGGCGGUGUGUGGACGCCAGCGCGGAAUAGGAUUGAGUGCCAGGGUCCCAGGGAACGCAUUAAAGUUUUAAUGUUUGGUGGGUGUGUCAACGCUACGUGACGGUGUGGAGAAUCAUCAUUUACUUUAUUUUCUUUAUUAUCCCCCGCCCAACACACACUCCUCUCUGUCGUUCCCUCAGAAUGGAGAUCUUUGGUGGAACGAAUGUAAAAUCAACACGAUUUCAACCGGGGCGAGCACGAUGAAGCGCUUCCGGAAGCUCUAUGCAGAGGUUUAGGUUUCCCCUCGAGUGAGUCCUCGGUCGCGGAUGUUACCACCCCCGCGGGGUUGGUAAUGAGGGUUCCGAUCAAGAGAGAGAGAGAGUGUCGUGAUGCUGCGUCAGGGGAACGUUUUAAUUUUAGUGCGCGCUUAUCAAAAUUAUUACCAUAGUUUAUUAUAGCACUCGUUGAAAUUGUAAGCCUAUUAUCGUAAUAACAAGUAAUAAAAGUAACGCUAUACGGAACCGGCAGCGUAACGGGAAGGAUAAAACCCGUGUCCGUGGCGCGGGCGACGCUGACGACAAACGAGCGAACGUAAGCACAAAAUUGAA